UUAUUUGGGGAGGAAGCUUUUACAGAUUGGGUUUACAGCCCUCUCUCUCUCUCCAAAUGGGGCCAUGACUGAGUGUGAUGACCUCACCCUGUUUCUCCUAAACUCUCACUUACUCCUCUCCUCCCUCACCCCCCUCUCGCUUUUCUCAAAGUCUGUGCAGGAGUGAGGCUGGAGUCACGUUCUCCACAGUUCCUGCAGUCUGCAUCUCAAAAGUCUUUCUACAGAGUCUCAGAAGACUUCAGAGUGGACCAUUUUAGCUUCGUGGACUGACUUGGUUUACUCAGGGUUGUAACUUGAUUGGAUGUACCAGAAGGAGGAUUCUUUUAAACAUUUAGAAUGGUGUUUUAUUGUUUUAUGCUUAUUUGUUCCUCGAUCAGAUGAUUAAAGCAAGAACAGCAAUGAAGAGGAUCCAACCUUUCACUAUUGGGACCAAGUUAUCUGUCCCAUCCGAAAACAGAUGUCUGGAUUAUGUGAGCAUCAUGCUUCCUGUACCAGUUCUGGACUGCUGUGAACUAAGAAACGACUCAAACAAUGACAAUUCUCCUUUCCAUGAGGACAGAGUGUCCACAUCUACACCUGUGGAGGGACUUUCGGACGAUAUUAAAGAGGGAGAUGACAGGGACUCUGUGUCCCCACCGGCUUCCUCCAGAUCCAUCAAGAAGAUAGCUAUGUGUGAAAAUGUUGAAAACCAAACUGUCACUGGCUUUAAUGUGACAAACUGUGAGACAAACAAGUCCAGUACUUCUACUGAAAAUCUGUUUCUUGUUGAGGAAAGUGACAAGCACGGUGCACAGCUGGAGACUGAUCCAUGGACUAUAGGAAGAAAGAUAAGGAACCUUCAGUAUGAUUACAGCAUGCCAACUUUCCCACAUGAUCAACCGGAGGACACGUCUCACAGCCAAAGGAGAGAUUUCAAAGACUUUGAGAACUCUCUCAUCCAACUGACGACGAGUCUGGACUUGAUGCAGGAGGAACCAAAAAGAUCUCUUCAGAAGAAGACAGAUGCUGUAGAUUUAGGAUUGGAAAUGUUUAGAAGACGACAAAGCCCGGGGGACCACGCUGACAAAUCGUGGCUGAAGUUGAGGUCACUCCUGAGGGACUAUCAUCAGGAUCUCAUGUUAGCUCUAGACGUCUCGUCGUUUUACCAACAAGCCGACAGCAUCAUUGGCACCAUCAACAGCAAGAGGAACCGUGUAUUGGCGGGUGACAUCCAAAAAAGCGACAAAGAGACCAGAGAAAUUGCCUGUCAGAUCAACAUGCUGAAUGAGUCUGCGUCUUGCCUGUCAACUCUUCACCCAACCCUGGCCAAAAGAGUUACAUGCAAACAGGCCGAGGUGAAGGAGAACUGGGCACUUCUCCAGGACUUUCUCCGGAACCAGAAGACAGAUGUUUCUCCAAAAUGCCCGUCAGUGUUACCCGCUGAUCCUUUAACCACAUGCCCUGACUCACAGAGCUUUGCUAGAAAUGAGGGUAACAGCGUAAUGGGAAAAGACGUCAAAGAAGAGCAAAACCGUCUCCGAGGAUUUGAGGUUAGCUACAGUGCCUCCAAAAACAUCUGCAAGCAUGUGAUUAUAAAUGACCAGUCAUGACCACAUAGAAAAAAGUUGAUUGGUCUGAAUUCUCUGUUUGGUGAGACAAUCUUUUACCC